AUGGUGUUGGAGAUUUUGGGAGAAAAUGAUGGGUUGCAGUACAAGGUGUAUCCUACUACAAAUAUUGCUGUUCUUUCUACUGGCGAUGGUCUUGUAGAGCCAUCUACUGGGCAUCUGAGUCGUGGUCAGAUUAGGGAUUCUAAUCGUGCCAUGCUGCUGGCAGCUGCAGUACAACAUCACUGCAAAGUUGUGGACCUUGGUAUUGCUAAGGACGAUGAAGAAUACCAAGGAAGGAUUUUGGAUAAGGCUUUUGCUUCUGGAAUUAACAUUCUCAUAACUUCAGGAGGUGUUUCAAUGGGAGACAAAGAUUUUAUUAGGCCUUUGCUUGAAAAUUGUAGAAAUAGUAAAAUAUUUAAAAUUUUAUCUAAUGCUUUGGUGAGUGUUAUUAAACCAGGCAAGCCAUUCACUUUUGCAGAGAUUGGUUCUCAAUCAACAGAAAGUAAAAUUCUAGCUUUUGGGCUACCUGGAAAUCCUGUCAGCUCUUCAGUUUGCUUUCAUCUCUUUGUGGUCCCUGCUAUACGCCAGCUUGCAGGGUGGACAAAUCCUCAUCACCUGAGAGGCCUAAUUGCUAUGCCUAUAUUUGAUCGGGUUUCUCUAAUGAAUGUGCCUUAUGUGCUUCCAAUGAAUUUCAGUUUUGCCGAGAGCACUGGUCAUCAGAGGAGCAGUCGACUACUUAGUAUGAAGUCAGCUAAUGCCUUGUUGGAGUUUCCAGCAACAGGCAGUGUUGUAUCUGCUGGGACUCCUCUGGCAGCUAUCAUAAUUUCCAACCUAAGACCUAUGGAUUUUGGCAAGAAUCAUAUAUCAUCAGACUCAACCUUUACUUUGCCAGGAAUUAAAUCAGAUAAAACAACUACAGAUUCUUCUGGGGGUGCUGACCUCAGAGUGGCUAUUUAUACAUAUACUUUUAUUUGUAAUUAG